UCUAUCUUCCUUCGACGGGAAAUUCUUGUCCCGGUGCGUGAGACUCCAUUUCCUCUGAUUCACGGUGGUUCGGCAACUUACAGAGCCAUAAUUCAGCAAGUUGAUCUCUUACACAAUACAAGCGCCGUGAAAUUGAACCGUGAAAUUGAAGGUUUGAUCAGAAGUUCUAUAAAUUUCUUGAACCAGGUCAAUGGCGUCUUCGUCGGAUUCAUGGAUGAGAGAAUACAACGAGGCUUUAAAACUCUCAGAAGAUAUUAAUGGAAUGAUAUCAGAAAUAAGUUCAUCGGCUGCGACAGGGCCUGAUGCUCAACGUCAUGCUUCACUCAUACGAAGAAAGAUUACCAUGUUCGGAACCCGGUUAGACAGUCUGCAGUCUAUUCUUGCCAAAAUUCAUGGAAAACCUAUUUCAGAGAAAGAGAUGAACCGCCGCAAGGAUAUGGUAGGGAAUUUGCGGUCAAAAGCAAACCAGAUGGCGACUGCUUUGAACAUGUCAAACUUUGCCAAUAGAGACAGCUUGCUUGGACCAGAAACAAAGCCGGAUGAUUCAAUGAGCAGAGUGGCCAGCAUGGAUAACCAAGGCAUUGUUGGGUAUCAACGAAAAGUUAUGAAAGAACAAGACGAAGGACUUGAGGAAUUGGAGGGAACAGUCAUGAGUACAAAACACAUUGCUUUGACUGUUAGUGAGGAACUUGGCUUGCAGACAAGGCUUAUUGAUGACUUGGAUUACCAUGUGGAUGUUACUGACUCUCGCUUAAGGAGAGUGCAGAAGAACCUUGCUGUCAUGAGUAAGAAUAUGAGAAGUGGUUGCUCUUGCAUGUCCAUGCUCUUGUCAGUGCUGGGGAUUGUCGGUCUUGUUGUUGUUAUAUGGCUGCUGGUUAAGUAUAUGUAAUACCAACAUCCGCAAACUUUUAAGUUUCUCUGUAGGUCACUGCCCUCUCCUCCCUAUGUGAAUGAUUGCGAUGUAUUUCCUCAUUCCACAGUUGUGGUUGAGCUUUUCAUUUCUCUUCUGUUGCAAGAACGCUUGAAAAAAAAUAUGUAAUGUGUGCAGUUUUCGCGA